GUUCUUUGUUGGCUAUGGUCUUGAGCUGUUCCGGGUAGUUCCUUUGACAAUAUUCCACAUCAAGAGGAAGUACCUUUGCAAAACUAAAGCUGAAUUGAAAGAAGCUUGGGCUCCUGGAGAUCUUGAAUAUGGAACUAGGGUUCCUGGUGACAUGCUGAUAGUCACAAUUGUCUUUUGCUACUCUGUAAUAGUUCCAAUAAUUAUUCCAUUUGGUGUCGUAUACUUUGGCCUCGGAUGGCUUAUUCUCCGGAAUCGGGUACUUAAAGUUUGUGUUCCAUCGUAUGAGAGCUAUGGAAGGAUGUGGCCUCACAUUCACAUGCACGUCUUAGCUUCCUUGCUCCUAUUUGAAGUCACCAUUUUUGGUUACUUUGGCGUGAAGAAGUUCUACUACGCUCCAUUUCUGAUUCCCCUUCCGAUACUGUCCUUGAUCUUCACCUUCGUUUGUAGAAAGAAAUUCUAUCAAUUUUUCCAAGCAACAGCUCUUGAAGUAGCUUAUCGUGAAUUGAAGGAAAUUCCAAACAUGGAACUUGUCUUAAGAUCUUUCAUUCCACCAAGCUUGAGCGCCGAGAAGUCUGAUGAUGAUCAGUUUGAAGAAGCUUUGUCUCAAGUUUCAAGGAAAG